CCAACUUAUUUCUAUUGUAGAUUGAAGAAGGUCACAGAGUUAUCGAUUCCAACUGCAUAAACAAGCCUUCCUUCGCUCUCCUGCUCUCUCAUCGUUUGCAUUGCUUUGAGGAUUUAACGUUUUGGCUUGCAUCCCCGCUUUACUUGCCGGCAAAUGCUUCAAGUGUUGGAAGUGAACAAACAGAGUCACCACUGGAUUGUGCUAAUUCAAGUUGUUGAAAGGGGAAAUGUGCAUGUUGCACGAACUGCUCCAUUCAAAAGGUUUCGUCGCUUCUUGUUGACUGAUUCCCAGGUCUAUCAAACAUCAAUCAUAAAUACUCAUUAACGUUAACAUAAAUUCCUUUCUGACACUGUUUCAUUAACACUAUAAAUCAAGGAACAAAAGUCUCUGCUUUUGUGUAUGACAGCUGCAUUAAGCUAUUUCAACACAUGUUUUGUCCAUUCAAGCGCUACUACAUCUCAAAUGCAUCAAUAAUGGACACAUCAGCAAAUUUCAGAAUUGGCAACUACCCCUUUUCAUGGGCCAUUAACAGUGACACUCUCAUUGAACCAUACAAUGAAACAAUUCCUCCAACUUUACCAUGUCCAUUUGAACUGACAUCAUUUGCUGACCUGCAUCAGUAUGCAGACAGAGAAGUUCUUCAAAGCUCUCAUCUUGCAUCCUCAACAAUCCACCAGUUCCUGAAGACAUGCAAAUGAAUGAAUGGUAUGCUGCUCACAAACAAAAGCUCAAAAAUAUGCUUGAAGCAAAUGCUUUCAAAGAUACAUCACUUCUGCUACCUCUUCUAGGCCCAGAAUUCAUCAAAGAUAUUAAGACUGUUCUGGCAUCCUUUGAUAAACAAAAAAUAGCCUGGGUACGAGCAAAACCAGCCUUCAUUCCCGGACAGCAAAAAUGUUGGCACACAGUCUGUGCUAAUUGUCACAAAAAUGUUGAUGCUGAUAUAGACUGGAUUAUUACAUGUCCUUCAUGUAACGAAUCGACUUCUAUUCAAAUGAGGUGUCGCAUUGGCAUUAAACUGGCUGACGAAACUGGAAAAAUGAAUUGCACCAUUUACUCUCCAGAAGUUGAGAAGUUGAUUCCUUAUACUACUAUUCAGCUGCAUGAUGCGUAUGAAACUGGAGUUGCUCUAGAUAUGCAGCUUGCAGAAUCUAUUAGCAAGCACACAGUUGUCUACUUUGUUCGAUCAUUUGAGGUGGAAUAUCAGAGUCAGCAGCAAAAGAAAAAUGCAGUUGUCAAACUGUACACUCUUGAGGCACUACCACAGAUGAUAACAUCCAUCAAUCAUGAAGACCCUCCAAAUGUACAAACCCAACUCAUGACACCUACAAUAAUUGAGGUAAAAGCCAGAGAAUCAGAAGACAUGAUCACUCCACUGCCUGCACCAACAAUUGAAGAUAAAUCUGCAAUAAAUACUUCUGCAACUGCUGCCGCACCUGCAAAGAGUUCAGCCAAAAGAAGCCUUAAUUUCACUUCAAAAGCUGCAAACAGUAUAUCCUCAGUUGUUGAUGAAGCUUCAAUGUUGAUUGAAGAGGAUGAUAAUAAACAGCAGAGCUCCAUAACGUUUGAACUUGAAACCUCUCGCUACAAACAGGCAUAAACAGGUUCAAGCAAAAGAAGAAGAGUGGUCUGAAAAUUGACUGAUUCCUUUGUCUUCUUGAAAAACUACUUUUGUUAAGCUGCUUUAAUCAUGGAUUACGCAGACUCUUAUAUUUUGUGAAUAUAUUAUGAUUCAUUAUGUUAGUCUACAAAACAUAAUGAAGCAUAAUAUUUCUUUUGACGUCCGCAGAAGAAAAACUAACCUACAGAAGUAAUGUGGUAUUGUCUCUUCAUAUGUAAUCCAGUGUUGCUUUUGA